AGCGGCAGCGCAGAGGCACCUGUGAGCUGUGAGGUGCCAGCUCAUGGCAGAGCCUGCCCUUCUCCCCACCGCCCAGAUGGGGAGGCUGGCCCCCGUGUCCCUGGCCUCACCGUGUCCCAGGAUCCCACGGGCUCACAUCGCCAGGCGGCCGGGGCGCUGUGCCCAGCGCCGGACUGACCUGGGCUGCAGCUCUGGCCCCUCGUCCGGCCCAGUGAGUCAGCUCCCGCAGAAGAACCCGCUGCGAGCAUGCCCUGCCGAACGCUCCCACUCCCGGGUGUCCUCGGCCGAGAGCUUGUCCCUGGAUGGCUUUUGGAUGGAGGUGGAGCGGAUCCAACAGAGGGAUGAGCUGAGAGAAGAGGAUGGCAGCGGGGGCGAAGGCCGGCCCCCAGAGGAAGGAGAAACUGAAUCCCAGUGGCUGCAGGACACAGGCCUGUCGGACCUCCUUGGUGGCCUGGGCUUGGACAGUCAUCACCGGGGGCUCCUGUCCACCCUCACACAGACCCAGGUGGCCGCUGUGCGCCGCCGGCUGGACAUCUACGCCCGCUCGGCACGAAGACGCCCCAAGGCACCUGUUAGAGAUGUCAGGGACAUCUUUGGGGGCUUCAAGGCAGGGAAAAUGCCCUCAGAGAAUGGGAGUCAGGGAUAAAAUGGAACCCCGCUCAGUUCCGGAGCCCCUAGGUCUCCUCCAGCAGCAGAGCCUGAGGGGCCGCAGGCACAGGCUGGGAUGGAGCACGCCUUCCACAUGGACUCCGCCUACUCGGAACAGGCCGCACUGCUCCUGCAGAGGGGCAGGCAGCCCCCGGGAGGCACCUGUGUCUGGAGCAAGGGGUCCCUGCCGAAGUUUAGGAUCCCCAAAGGCAGACUUGGCUUGACGAGGAUUGGAGACCUGUCCUCGCAGGACAUGAAGAAGAUCGCCGCCCUGGCCCUCAUCGAGCUGACUGCGCUCUGCGACGUCCUGGGCUUGGACCUGAAGAGGAGCAAGGCAGGGAAGCAGAAGGCAACAGAAACUCGCCUUUUUGGGGUGCCCCUUGAAGCCCUGCUGGAAGCUGACCGCAAAGCCCUCCCCAGCACCCAGGUGCCGCUGGUACUUCAAGCUCUGCUGUCCUGUUUGGAAAAGAGGGGACUGGACAUGGAAGGCAUUCUCAGAGUGCCUGGCUCACAGGCCAGGGUCAAGGGGCUGGAACAAAAGCUGGAGAGAGAUUUCUACACUGGCCUGUUUAGCUGGGACGAGGUUCACCACAAUGAUGCGUCCGAUUUGCUCAAAAGGUUUAUCCGGGAGCUGCCGGCACCUCUGCUCACUGCUGAGUACCUGCCGGCCUUCGCCGUGGUGCCCAACAUCCCUGACCUGAGGCAGCGCCUGCAGGCCCUCCACCUGCUCAUCCUGAUUCUCCCGGAACCCAACAGGAACGCCUUGAAGGCACUCCUGGAAUUCCUCAGGAAGGUGGUGGCCCAGGAGCAGAGCAACAAGAUGACACUGUGGAAUGUUUCCACGGUAAUGGCCCCUAAUCUCUUCCUUCACCGAGGGCAGCCCCCCAAACUCCUCAAGGGCAGGGAGAAGCAGCUGGCAGAGGGGGCCGCCGAGGUGGUACAGAUGAUGGUGCACUACCAGGACCUGCUCUGGAUGGUCUCCUCUUUCUUGGUCGCCCAGGUGCGAAACCUCAACGACAGCAGUAGCAGGCGCCCCCAGCUCUGCGACGCGGGCCUCAAAACCUGGCUGCGAAGGUCACACGCAGACAGGGACAAGGCGGGGGAUGGCCCCGAGGCGACUCCCACAGUGGCAAAGAUCCAGGUGGCCUGGCUUAUCAAAGAUACCCUGGAGGUGCCCCUGACCCCCAGCACCAAAGUGGCUCAUGUCCUCAGGCAGUUCACAGGGCGCCUCAGCCCUGGUUUACAGGGUCAAGAGGGCAAUGAGGACAAGGACAGCCUCCUCCCACGCAGCAGGUUGAGGAAGUCAGCCGACAUCGUCCUCUGCGAAGUUGGAGGGAAUCUCAGUGAGCAUCGCCUGGACCCAGACACCUACCUCUUGGAUCUGUACCGCGCCAACCCCUAUGGCGAAUGGGUCAUUAAACAGAGCCCCACCUAAGCCGGGACGGUACGGAGCAGCCCUGGAUGCCACAGCCCGCCGCCCCCGCCCCCGUGCGGUGUAGCCAGCGCGGGAGCACAGCUGCUGAGGGGAGGUCUAGCUCCUCCUCCAGGCGUCUUCUCUGCAGCGCCCCUCAGGUCCUGGAAGCGCUCUGGCUGGCCGGCUCCUCCCCCAGAGCCCUGGGGGAUGCUUUCAAGUAGCCCUACAGCGAAUGGGGGGCAGCCGGCGAGCUCUGUAGCCUUGGCCAGCCCCUUGCCCUCUCUGAGCCCCCUGGAAAGUUGAAGGGGGUUGGGCCUCAGGCAGUGCGGGGCUGACACUGUGGCCAAGAACAGCCCCCGGAGAACUGGAAAGAGAAAAACUGCCCUUCACAGCUCUCAAUGUAGCUUUGCACAAGCUUGUGAUUUUAUAAUGAUAUUUAAAUUCUGUUGGAACAUUAAAGGCACAAGUU